AUGGAACCAUCGAGCCCCACGACGAUACAACCUGGUCCUCUGCGUUCCCGGGUCGCCAUCGAAAAGGAUCCUCCUCGUGACACGGGUAGGACUGACGCGCUACCAGCUCCAUCCACAACCACCCGGCGGCCUCCUUCUUUGUCGUCUUCCCUUUCCUCGCCAUCGCGGCUUCAUCCCCCCUCUGGACCGGUGCUCCCUCGCUUGCCCCAGAGUCGCUUCAGUUUUGAGUACCAGUAUCCCCUUCGCAACAACCUCGACCGGCCCUUGUUGUAUGACAGACCGCAUCGAUUGUCCCCCGUGGAAAUCCCUCCGCCAUCGUCUCCCCUGGACGCCGGCUCAACUGUCUGCGGAAAGUCCACAUUAUACUCCCAACAAGCACCCCCGGAUGGGAAGAGGAGAAUGCCGUCGUCCACCGCGACUUUCAUUCAAGGCCGAACGCGCACCGACAACCCCCAGAGCGCCCGAAAAGGGGCGGAAAUCUCCAUCGCCGAUGAGUCCAGAGCCAAGAGUGAGGACAUCUUUUUGAAUAUCGCUAGAUCGGACUCGGGCCGUCGCGAAUCCCUGGGCCGAUCAGACCUUAGACGCUCGCGACUGAGGAUGUCCGGUAAUGGAUUCCGUUCUUCCACCUCGCGUGUUCCUGACCAAACCCCGUCGUCGCCCGAACAACUAGUACGCGUGAAUACCGAUGACAGCCCCUUGCAUCAUUCGCAACCCGAUCCGCCGUCCGUUCCCUUGGCUUCGGCACCGUACUCUUAUUCAGCUUCGGCGCAUGCGCUGCCCAAUUUCGCCUCCAGUACGCGCUCCGUCGUGGGGUUGCCUCGCAGUAGUCGAUUGAGUCGCACCGGUCCCGAGCACGAAACAACCCCCGAGCGCCGGUCGUCUCGCCAUUCCACGCUUUCGACGAUUCGCAGUAGCCGACAGGUCUCUGGCGCCGAGGCCACGGAGCGGGCGCGCGGCGAGCCCGACCGAGCCCGACCGGAUGGAACCGAAUCAACUCUCUCGACCGCGGCGCCUUCGACGGUGUGGGAUGAGCUCGAGGACCUCAAGUCCCGCAUUAAAAAAUUAGAAUUGACCGGAAAGCUGCCGCCCUCCUCCCAAGAAGCCAUCAUCCCGUCAGCUGCCGGAGAGCGACCGCGAACCGCCACGACCACAGUGACCACCAUGUCCUCCUCCUCGCCCCGCCAUCGCCGGACCAGCGUUUCGGUCGAGUCCGAUACGAUUACAGCCCCGAGUCCAAUCGUCCCCCUGCUACAAUCCGCGCUGGGGAAGGCAAAGGGUCUGGCUAGCAAGGAAGUCUACACGGCUCUGGAAGCGACGGCGACAGAUGCCAUCGCGCUCUCCAGUCUGUUGGGGACCGGCCACCCCCCCUCGGGCGGCGUCUCGAUGGUGAAUGGAUUCGGUUCGACCGAGAGGCAAUCGCGACGCAAGGCCGAGAGUCUGUGCCUUGCCUUGUCGGACGAGCCGCAUCUCCACCAGCAGCAGGCCUCUGGCGAUGAUGCGACGCUCCGAAUGUCGACCAGUGGCACGGACGAAGGCACCGUGACUCCGGGGGGGUCCUAUCGGUGCAGUAUCAAUCCGGAGCCGGACGCCAUGGUGCGGAGGCCGAGCGCUCCUCGCGCCCUGAGUCGCCUCGAAGCGCGGCGUGCGAGUCUGGCAACCCCCGGGGACCAUGCUUCGAAGAAUAGCGACGCCCUCGCAGACCCCCCAAGGACGUUGUCGCCAGAGAAACCCGCCGCGACGAGCAGACUCAGUCGACUGUCGGUUUCGUUGCGCACUAAGCGAUUGCUGCCAGACGAUGAUGAGCCCGCCGAACCAGCGCGCAGUCCGCAGGCCGCCCGGUCGAUCUCGCGACGGAUGACGGACAUUGGCGGGGUCUCGUCGGCACAACGUCCACCACCACCCACCCGAUCAAGGCCGUCGCAGUCGAUCUUCUAUCCCCCGACCCAGGCGUCCCAGCCCCGAACCCCAACCCCGGCUGCGCAAUCCGGGAUCCCACUUCGUCGAAGUAUGAUGACCACGUCUCUCUACACGCCGGCGACGUCUCGCGCCAACAUUCUGGCGGGAUCGCGGCGGUACGCCCCAUCCUCGGCCACGGCGGAAGUCCUCAGCGAGGAUCCGCCGCCCUCCCCUCGGCAGCCGGUUUCGCAGACCAAGAUCGUUGCGCCGUCGACCAAACUCGCCGCCAGCUACACUCCUAUUUCGCAGAACCGCCUGAGAACGAACAGCCUGGGGGCGCGGAGGUUUGGCAUGAGGCAGCGCCCGAUCGCCACGGCGGGCAAUAGCAAAUCUUUUGACAACAGCAUUGAUUGA